AAAAUAUAUAACAUAACCUACAAUGCCGUGUCACAAACUUUAUGAAUGCUUAAGCACAGAUAGUUACUUAUACUUUAAGAAGUAUUUUGGGAGACAUUUAAUCUCUAAUUUCGAAUAGUAUUUCAAACUUGAGUAACAAUGAAUUUCAAAGGAAAACGCGCUAUGAAUAAAAGCACCAAUAGAAUUCCCAGUGAAAGCGAAGAUGAGUCUGAUAAUUCGGGAAGUGAUUCGUCAAAGGAGGAAGAAAUUAGUUAUUAUGAGGAGUCCUCAGCUAGUGAGCCAGAAAUUGAAUGUUGCAAUUGGGAUGAUGACUGUAGAGUUGUUUCCACUCAUGAGUCAGUCACAAGUGGAUAUCAUUUAAUGCCAACAUGUCAUAGAGAUCCAGAUGGUCGACCUGUAAAAAAACAAAAAGUUACUCCAGAAAUAACCAAAACAUUAUUGGAUGAAUUAAAAAAAUGUUGGAGCUGUAACAAAAACCUACAGAAUAACCAUUUUGAAUUAAUAGUGGAACCUUUCAAAGUUUGUGUAAUAAACAAUUUGAUUGAAAAUAGUCAUCUUUUAGAUGACAUUAGAAAUGAAUUUUAUGAAUUAGACUGGAACACCAGAAAUAUGGACUUGUAUGAAUUUUUUCAGUCAAAAGAUCUAAAAUACUUGACUUCAGAACAUAUCAGAAAUAUGUUCGAUUUUUUAAAAGGAGACUUAAUGCAGUGGGUAAUGAACAUAACAGGAUUGAAUUUAACACAUGUAUCUGCUACUUGUAGUUUGUACAGUAACACUGAUUACCUACUGGUUCAUGAUGAUCAACGAGAAGACAGAAUGGUUGCAUUUAUUUUGUACCUAACUGGCAAGGAAGGGUGGAACGAAUCUAAAGGAGGAUCACUUCAGCUAUUAAACAAAGAUGAUAAAGGUCAACCACUGGAUGUUGUUAGAAAUAUUAUACCAUCAAACAACCAACUGGUCAUAUUUCCUGUAACAAGCGAUUCUUACCAUCAAGUAGCAGAAGUUACAUGUAUGGAUGACUGCAGGCUCAGCAUUAAUGGUUGGUUUCACACAAAGGUUUCACCAGUUUUCAAUAGUCCAUCCUACAACGUUCCAGAGAGUGGCCUUUAUAGCAACGAAAGUAUUAAAGCAAAGGAAGUAGAUAUAGACCUGGAGAGUUGGAUCAAUGAAGACUAUUUGAAUUUCAAGGCAAUAAAAUUGAUACAGGAACACAUAGAAGAGAACUCUGAGAUAUCAUUAAGAAUGUUUUUCAAGAAUGAAUCUUUUAACGAAAUUUUGCAGACAUUACGAAGUGAAGGUAAUAAACUAUUUUUUUUUGUUUCACGAUUCAUUUUAAUGUUUAAUUAUUUUCAGCUGCUUUCAGAUUAUAAUUGGCAACAGAAAAAUGAACUUGACCUCAUAAUGUAUUUCGGUUGCACGAAGAGUUCAGACGUCAUUGGAGCAAGAACACAAUAUGUUACAGUUGAGGAUGAAAUACAAAACGCUCUUAUUACAUUAGAACCGGAGCAAAAUAAUUUGAAUAUUGUAUAUAGGGAUUCAGCUAGAUUCACAAAAUAUUUUAGUAAGAGGAGUAAGUGUCAAAGAUUUUAUACUUUAAUUUGCUCAUAUUCUGAAUGAAAAUUAGUAUAAAUGAA